AUCACACACUGGUUCUUCUUCUUCCUCUGCUCAUUUGAAUAGCUUUUUUCUGUUUGUGUGUGUAAGAGAAUGGCUGGAUACGGCUAUGGUGGGCCAUAUGGAUCUGGUGGCGGGUACCCACCGCCAGCUCAGCCGUACGGGAACCCGUUCACGGCGCUGACGCCGUCGUCCUUUCCGCCGGGCACCGAUCCGAACCUGGUCGCGUGCUUCCAAAUGGCGGACCAAGACGGAAGCGGCCUGGUUGACGAUAGAGAGUUGCAGAGAGCUCUUUCUUCUUACAACCAAGGCUUCAGCCUCCGCACCGUUCGCCUUCUCAUGUACCUCUUCACUCACACGAACAGCGGAAGAAUUGGGCCAAGGGAAUUCACAGGACUAUUUCACUGUCUUCAAAUGUGGAGGGGCACAUUUGAGAGAUUUGACAGAGACCGGAGUGGGAAAAUUGAUGGCCCAGAGCUGAGAGAAGCACUCUUGAGCAUGGGGUUUGUGGUGCCACCAGUGGUGGUUGACUUGCUGGUCAGUAAGUUCGACAAAUAUGGAGAUGGAAGCCGGGCAAUCGAAUAUGAUAACUUCAUCGAGUGCUGCCUCAUUGUCAAGGGAUUAACCGAGAAAUUCAAGGAGAGAGACACCAUGCUGUCGGGUUCAGCAACAUUCACUUACGAGUCCUUCAUGCUCACCGUCUUGCCCUUCCUCAUUGCAUAGAGACUAGUGUGUUUGCAGUUCGGACCAUAUGUACUUGAAAAUAAUGCAGAUGAUGGGAGUUGUUGCUGUCGUUUGCUAUUUAAUUUCCGGCAAUAAGGUGCAUUUGCAAUUACUCCAAUGGAGUUAGCUGCAAUUUGCGGAGUAAUAUCUGAGGUUGAUGUUUGGGAAACUUUUCGUUGUUGUUGGGGAUAUUAUAUAUGGAUGUGUUUCUACCAAAAGAUAGUUCACUUUUUGAAAUCAAUCAAU